AUGGCUCAUUCUUCUGCCAAGCCUCCAAGAGAGAUGACAAAUGGGGCCCAUACUAGCACCCAACCAGGGGGCUCAGGAACCUCCACCCUGCCACGAUACCUGCACAAGAAGCAGCAGCGCCAAAAAGGUCUUAGAUCUUCCUCCCCAAUGGGUCGAGUGAUCCUCAUCAAUGCACCUGUGGAUGGUGGGGAUGACAGUGAAGACAUCCACACAAUUACUGUGGACAAAAGUGAAGAUGGCAGGUUGGGCUUUAGUGUACGUGGUGGCUCAGAACAUGGCCUGGGCAUCUUCGUCAGCAAAGUGGAGGAUGACAGCUCAGCAGAAUUUGCUGGGUUGUGUGUUGGGGACAAGCUGGUUGAGGUAAAUGGUAUCAGCCUGGAGAGCAUUACCAUGAGCAGUGCUGUAAAGGUUUUGACAGGGAACAGUCGGUUGCGCAUGGUAGUUAGACGUGUAGGAAAAGUGCCUGGAAUCCGCUACUCCAAAGAGAAGACUACAUGGGUGGAUCUUGUCCAUCGAAGGAUGGUGGUGGAAGAAUGUGGCCGCACCCCCUCAGAGGUCAGCUCGGAUGGAGCUCUGCGCAGGAUAGUACACCUCUACACCACCUCAGAUGAUUAUUGUCUAGGCUUCAACAUCCGUGGGGGCAAAGAGUUUGGCCUGGGAAUUUAUGUCUCCAAGCUGGACCCUGGUGGCUUGGCAGAGCAAAAUGGCAUUAAAAUGGGGGACCAGAUUCUGGCAGCUAAUGGGGUGAGCUUUGAGGAUAUUACACAUAGCAAUGCUGUAGAAGUCCUGAAGAGUCACACCCAUGUAAUGCUCACUAUUAAGGAGGCUGGGAGGUAUCCUGCAUAUAAGGAGAUGGUGGCAGAAUACAGCUGGCUCAAUAAAUUGGCUAAUGGGGGCCAACCAUCCUCCUCUCAGGGUUCAGACUCCUAUUCGUCUACAUCCUCUCUGUCCUCUGGUACACCAGUCAGCUCCCUAAGUGGCCUUUCUCAGGUCAUGUUUCCCCCUGUAUUUGGCUCAGAGAUGGUGGAUGUAUGCAUAUCCACUGAAGAUGGCUUAUCACGGAGACUCAGCUCUGAUCGCACUGAAAUGGCCAUCCAGACCGAACCUCUGGAGCCUGAUACGUCACCCCAGCUGUCCAGGGUCCUCUCCAUGGACACCAGUCGGACAGUGGGUGAAACCAUUCUCUUGAAGGAUACAGCGAUUGGGAGUGAAAGUUUUGGUAAAGCACGAACAAGGACAUUUUCUGCAGGAGACAAGGAGGUUCUAGACUCAGCAAAAACUGCAGUGCUGGUGGCUCUCAGCAAACCUCGCAAACCCAUUCGGCGUUCCCAGAGCCACAUCACUGUCUCAGAGGAAAAGCAAAAAAAGAAGAAACAGCAGCAGGCGAAAAAGGCAGAAGCCUCAGUAAGCACCCUGCAACGCUCAAAGACUUUUGUUAGUCUACUGUUUAAGAGUGGUCGAAAGAGAGACAGAUCUGCCUCUAAAGACAGGAAAGAUACAGGAGGAGAGAAACAUCAAACACGCUCCAAAUCACCCACACACCUGGAUAAUGAGCCAGGUAAGGGACGUAGCCAUCCCAUAAUUAACCUCCUGAGUUCGCCACGGGAGACGCGUGCUGGAGUGAAACAACAUGAGGCCAUUCCCAACCCUGAGACAAUGGCAAUGGUGGAGGCUAUGGCAUGUAAACUGCUAAAUGAGGAUGAGGUGGCUGCAGUCAUGAGACAUUGCAAUAGGUUUUUGGCAGAGCGGGUGGUGGAGGAUUUGGUACGCCCACUUCUGGCUAUCCUUGACCGGCCUGAAAAGCUGCUGCUGCUGAGGGAGAUCAGAAUGAUCAUCCCUCCAACAGACGUGGGGCGGUUUGACAGCAUGGUUAUGCCUUUUGAACUGGAGGCCUAUGAUAUUUUGAAGAGCCGAUCUGUGCGCUCUCCUGCUCUACGCUCCCCUAGACAUGGUGGAGCUCCACGCCGCCAUCUCAUAACACCCAUCCCAGACUACAGAGGAGGCUUCCACCUGCAGCCUGUGCAGGAUUUGGAACAAAGUCGUCAGUUAACGAAGGAGCUAGAGCAGCUGCGUCUGGCCAGUCUCCCUACUGGCAAAUUGACCCCAUCACGAGCCUUCACGCCUUUGUUGGACAUACCUGUGGACAGUUACAUCUCUGGCACUCUUUGUCAGCGGUCCGUAAGUCCCAUUUAUCCUGACUCUCUGCUUAGUGAAUCUUCUCAUGAAGAGACAGCACCAGAGCGGGGAAGGUCACCUAACAGGAAUGGCCAUGGUAAAGCUAUAAGGGACAAAUCUGCAAAUGGAAAAGAGGUUCGAUACACAGUGAGGAGUGCACACAGGCGGAACAGAACAAUGAUAACACAGGUUUUUGAGCCAGGUGUGCCACAGGAAUUGUUAGGACGUGAGCAAAGAAAUGGACAUGGUGGUUUAUCUGAAAAUGGCCAAGACAACCCACCAGCACAAGAGUAUGAGCUGACUACUGUCUAUCUCUCCAAAAGCAAACAGUCUCUGGGUAUAAGCAUCUCAGGGGGUAUAGAGUCCAAGGUUCAGCCAAUGGUGAAAAUUGAGAAAAUAUUUCCAGGAGGAGCUGCGUCCACCAGUGAGGUGCUGAAGGCUGGAUUUGAACUUGUGUCGAUUGAUGGUGAGUCACUGCAGGGAGUCACACACCAGCACGCAGUGGAUGCCAUUCGCAGAGCUUUUAGCAACAAGGCCAAAGAACCCAUGGAGUUUGUCAUCAAAGUUCUGAAGAAUCUGAAAGUCUAAAGAAAUAUUGGUGAUACUUGGUUGUACCACACAGACAUUCCGAGCUAUACUGUAUCUAAACAACAUGCAUUAAGAACUUGACAGAACAUACUUUUUAAAAAAGAGAAGCUUAUAUGUCUAGAAACAUGUCAUUCUGCAGCGCUAUAGUCCUAUCUGAACAAAUAUGCUGAUGACCAUAUCUUUGUAUGUAUUUUUGCACAGAAUAUUAAUGAUUGUUACGCUUUUUGAAGUGGUCAUAUGUGAAGAAAUCCAAUUAAA